UAUAUACAAAUGACACACUCUCUAUUUCCACUCAAGCUUCUCCUCUUCAUUACUCUUCAUAGUCCUCACUUAAAAAUUUCCAAUUCAUUUAUUUCCUCUCUUAAAUGGAUUAUGAUCAGAACGAAGCUUUUACCUUAGAGUAUAUCAACCAGUUCCUCCUUAAUGAUUGCAGUGCUUCGAUGGAAUCCUUCACCACAAAUUUCAAUUGUUAUGCUUCAUCCACCAACCAAGGACCUCAACAAAAACAACUCGAACAAAUCAAUUCCCAGAAACAUACAACAACCCCUGUAAAAUCUUCAAGUACUUUAAGCCAGAGAAAACCAUCCAUACAAGUGAUGAUUCCUCCAGCAACAUGCUUUUCAUCGAGCUCCAACAAUUACACAGUUGCGAAAACGGAACCACAAACUGAAGCUGAGAAGGAAAAGCACUACAGAGGAGUAAGGAGGAGACCAUGGGGGAAAUAUGCAGCGGAAAUCCGUGACCCAAAUAGAAAAGGGAGUCGGGUCUGGUUGGGGACUUUUGAUACCGCAAUUGAAGCUGCAAAAGCUUAUGAUAACGCAGCGUUUCGGCUCCGUGGAAGCAAAGCGAUCUUGAAUUUUCCUCUCGAGAUUGGAAAUUCAAUUUCGAGUUCUGUGGAGUCUAAAUUACAAAUGAAUUGUGGGAAAAAGAGGAAGAGUGAAGAGACAAACAGUACUACGGACAGAAAGAUCAUUAAGAAGGAGGAAGAACACGAUGAAAGGGCAAAGGCGACGGAGACUAAAACCAGUGGCGAUCAUCCUUUGACGCCGUCAAGUUGGAAGGGGUUCUGGGAUGUUGGUAACGGGAUCGGGGUUUUCAGUGUGCCACCGUUAUCUCCUUUAUCUCCUCAUCCCACAAUCGGAUACUCUCAGCUUCCAGUUAUGUGAAAAAAGGUCUAACGACCGUUAAGAGGACGUUUAGUAAAUUUAGAAUGUUGGAGGGCUGAGGAUAAUAUAUGUAUAUAGUAAGCAGUAGAGAUUAGACUGCAAUACGCAACUAAUUAAGUUUAGUUGCGAUAUGUUUGGAUUGGAAUUAAUUCGUUUAUUUCUUAAUAUGAGUUUUUUUAAUUAUUUUUAUUUCA